AGGUAUGCAUUUCUUCUGCUGCCAUUAGAUCCCAUCACAUCCCAUCCCGUCCCGUCCAAUCGGUGGUCACUGGCGCCUAACAGGUCCUACAGUUUAAGAAGCUCCUCUCCCCAGGAAAGAUCGGCCAAACCCUGUGUCUAGGCAACCUGACCGACAAGCCCACCUACGAGAUGCUGCGAAGCAUCGCACCGGACCUCAAGAUCGUCAAGGGCCGCAUGGACGUCGAGGCAACAUCCUUACCUCUGUCGCAAGUCGUGACGCACGGCUCUCUCCGCAUCGGCUUCACAGAAGGCUUCACACUCGUAUCCACGGAACCCGACGUCUUACUGGCCGAGGCCAACCGGUUGGACGUUGACGUGCUAUGCUGGGGCGGAACCCACAGAUUUGAUGCGUUCGAGUACAUGGACAAAUUCUUUGUCAACCCGGGAAGUGCGACGGGGGCAUAUACGACCGGUUGGCUGGGCGGUAGCGGCGAGGGCGGAAAGGGCGAGGAGGAGGAGAUCUCGCCGAGUUUCUGCUUGAUGGAUGUGCAGGGCAUCAGUCUGACAUUAUAUGUGUAUCAGCUUCGCAAGGAUGGUAAUGGCGUUGAAAAUGUGGCAGUAGAGAAGGUCACCUACACGAAGCCCGUUGAACCAGCCUCUGGAUCGUGAUGUGCGGACAAGAGUUUAAGGGGUAAUGAAAAUGCCACGUUGAUACCACGAGAAUUCCAAGAAUCUGAAUUGUACACAAAUAUCAUAAUAACGUUAUACUGAAUGCAUUUUUGCUUAGUUUUCAUCGUUCAAACCCC